AUGAAACGUCCAUUGGUUCUCACUGUCCUGGCUUUCGCUGCAACAGCAGCUAGCCGUGCUGUCCAUGCGCCUCUUCAAUCAGCCAACAUCGCCGGACCGUUGCCAGCGGUACAGCUACGCGAUCUCCAGUUCGCCAACCCGAACACCUCCACGCUCGCCGCUGCCAAAGGUGGUUCUGAGCCAGAUAAGUGGCCUUCUGACGACGAUGGCCCAGAGCCAACUGCAGAAGAGCAAGAAGCGAUCUGGUGCAAAGCCAGAGGCCGCGGCAUCAAGCUCACCAAAGCCAUGAUGAUGAACGAACAGGACGCCGCCGCCCUCCUCGAGUGGCCGUACACUCAGAGCCCGUGGGACGGUGACUUGCGAGAGGAGCUCAAGAAGUGGGGCUACAAGGACGACUUCGAGAAGGACCCGGAGAUCAACAAGCAGUGUGACUUCGACAAGACCCACGAGAUGGCCGAUGCCUUCAGGGAUCUUGGCGUGGACUCGCGUUCGGCAUUAGAGGGUGGUCCGAACCACUGCUUCUACGUCGAGCACAUGGAUGGUCCAACCGUUCUGCGUGACGAAGACGGCGAGCUACCGUUCCAUGAAGAUCAGUACUACCCUGUCGACAACAAGAAGCUUCAGGUGACCCAAGCCUAUCUCAAGGUCGGCGUCAACCCCGUCAAUGGUAUCGUGUAUUUCCUCCACCGACAAAGCCCCGAGGAUGCUGCGCAGGAGCACUGGCAACGCAAACCACAGCAUGAUGAGCUGCCGUUACUGAGGUCCAGCUCGGACAUUACCUGGGGCAUGUGGAACCGCGUUGCUUCUGGAUCGCAGAAGCUCGAGCAUUUCAUGGCCGUCUCUGUCGUCAACGAAGAUUCCAACUACAUCAUCGAUCGCAUCCUCGAGAUGGACAAUACUGACAAGCUGCCCGGUUGGCCUGGCAAGGACUACGAGUUCGCUGUCAAGCUCUCCGAGGAUGGCACACACAAGGAGUUGGACCUGCUGAAAAGCGAGGCUGCAUUCGCUCUUCUAGGUUCUCCCAACGGCAUCGCUGCUGGAUACUUCCUGAUUCAACACCGCCGUCAACUCGGCUGGAAGCACAUCUGGAAGGUGCGCAUUUGGACAGCUGGCACUGGCGUGUAUGCCACCCCAAACAUACUCUUCUACGUCACCGACCGCAAUCCCUUCGAGGGUGUAGAACCACAAGGACGCCUUGACGAGCAACUGGGGGCACUACAGGCUGUGCAGCUACGUAAGCGUGACUUGCUGUGCGGUUGGAAGCGUGGCGUCGUGCACAGGAGUGAAGAUGGAAAGAGCAUGGUGCGGAACCACGUCAUUUUGGCCAAGCUGUAG